GAAAAGUCACCACUGAUAAUGGAAUUUUAUUUGAUUCUAUAGAUCAGAUUUCUUUACUUUGGAUAUCAUGAUCACAAAACAGAAAGUACACAUAGCUUCUUAUUUCUGCAAGUAGUUUUGACUGCUGAAAGAAGAAAUUUUUUAAGCUACAGCAGAAAUCAUUUUGGUACCUUUUAUGGAAGUCUGAUUUUGUUUUUAAUUUUGGAUAAUCUUUUGCUAAAGGUAUGAGCAAACAAAGAACAUAUCUCAUUAGGCAAGUCCACAUUAAUAAGAAUGCCUAGAAGAGGGUUGAUUCUUCACACCCGGACACACUGGCUGCUGUUGGGUCUUGCUUUACUCUGCAGUCUGAUACUGUUUUUGUACCUUCUGGAAUGUGCCCCCCAGACUGAUGGAAAUGCAUCUCUUCCCGGUGUCGUUGGGGAAAAUUAUGGUAAAGAGUAUUAUCAAGCCCUCCUGCAAGAGCAAGAAGAGCAUUAUCAAACCAGGGCAACCAGUCUAAAACGCCAAAUUGCCCAGUUAAAGCAAGAAUUACAGGAGAUGAGUGAGAAGAUGAGAUCAUUACAAGAGAGGAAGAGUAUAGGAGCCAGUGUCGCCAACCAUCAAGUCAACAAAGAGCAAGCACCUAGUGAUCUCUUAGAAUUUCUUCAUUCCCAAAUUGACAAAGCUGAAGUUAGCAUAGGGGCCAAACUACCUAGUGAAUAUGGGGUCAUUCCCUUUGAAAGUUUUACUUUAAUGAAAGUAUUCCAGUUAGAAAUGGGUCUCACUCGCCAUCCUGAGGAAAAGCCAGUUAGAAAAGACAAACGAGAUGAAUUGGUAGAAGUUAUUGAAGCAGGCCUGGAGGUCAUUAAUAAUCCUGAUGAAGAUGAUGAACAGGAAGAUGAGGAUGGCCCCCUUGGAGAGAAACUGAUAUUUAAUGAAAAUGACUUCAUAGAAGGUUAUUAUCGUACCGAGAGAGAUAAGGGCACACAGUAUGAACUCUUUUUCAAGAAAGCAGACCUUAUGGAAUAUAGACAUGUGACUCUCUUCCGCCCUUUUGGACCCCUUAUGAAAGUGAAGAGUGAGAUGAUUGACAUAACUAGAUCAAUUAUUAAUAUCAUUGUGCCACUUGCUGGAAGAACUGAAACAUUUGCACAGUUCAUGCAGAACUUCAGGAAUGUAUGUAUUCAUCAGGAUAAGAGAAUUCAUCUCACUGUGGUAUAUUUUGGUAAAGAAGGCUUAUCUAAAGUGAAGUUUAUCCUAGAAUCUGUCACAAGUGAGUCUAAUUUUCACAAUUACACCUUGGUCUCAUUGAAUGAAGAAUUUAAUCGUGGACGAGGACUAAAUGUGGGUGCCCGAGCUUGGGACAAGGGAGAGGUCUUGAUGUUUUUCUGUGAUGUUGAUAUAUAUUUCUCAGCCGAAUUCCUUAACAGCUGCCGGUUAAAUGCUGAGCCAGGUAAGAAGGUGUUUUACCCUGUGGUGUUCAGUCUUUACAACCCCAACAUCGUUUAUGCCAGUCAGGAUGUACCACCGCCUGUGGAACAGCAGCUGGUUCACAAAAAGGAUUCUGGCUUUUGGAGAGAUUUUGGUUUUGGAAUGACUUGUCAGUAUCGAUCAGAUUUCCUAACUAUUGGUGGAUUUGACAUGGAAGUAAAAGGCUGGGGUGGAGAAGAUGUUCACCUUUAUCGAAAAUACUUACACGGUGAUCUGAUUGUGAUUCGGACUCCAGUUCCUGGUCUCUUCCACCUAUGGCAUGAGAAGCGCUGUGCUGAUGAGCUGACCCCUGAGCAGUACCGCAUGUGCAUCCAGUCCAAAGCCAUGAAUGAGGCCUCUCACUCGCACCUGGGAAUGCUGGUUUUCAGGGAGGAGAUAGAGACGCAUCUUCACAAGCAGGCAUAUAGGACAAAUAGUGAAACUGUUGGUUAACAUCCUUUACACAUUAGUCUGAACCACAAACCAGCACUAUUUAUUUAGCCUUAAUUCCAAUCCCAGAUGCAGUGCCUCUUUCAGAGAAGACAUGUUACCUUUUGUGUUCUUUCUGACAUUACUUCUCUUCAAGGGUUUGACUUGAUGAGAAGGAGUAAAUGUUUCAAUGCAGUCUGUUUUUGAGACCACUGCAUUAGAACUGAGAAAUCAAAAUCUGCCCUAAAACAGUUUUGAGAGUUUCUCCCUGGCACCCACAUUCUGCCCGUGUCCUGGUUGCCUCUGGGCUGAGGAGUGGAAUGUGUUGUACUAAUGGUAGGUCAGGAGCAUCUUUUUCAUGAAACCAGUUGAAGUGUUUGCACAAGGGUUCUUCACCUGCUGAUCACUGAGACAACAUACUUGAUCUUCAGUCAGUUGCUUAAACAAACCUUUUAUAUUGAAGUAGAGGAUAAUUAAUUGACACGUCUAAAAUCCCACCAAUUACGAGAAGGCAGAAAUAAAAGCCAGCCCCUUACUUAAUGUUGCUCAACCCCCUACGUGUUUUUAAGCAAAAGGGUAAAAUAUAGGAAGUACUUAGGUUAGAAUCUGUGACUUGAUUACAAAUACAAUGUUUACUAUUUAUCAUCUUGUUCAGGAGUAGUAGUCAAAGUUAUUGUGGACUGUUUUGAACAAACAAGUAAGCAUGGCAUGUCUUUAAAAGAACAUUUAAUUAUAUUGGAAUACAGGACACGGGGGUGUCUGAGGAGCAUCAGUUUACAUGAACCGGGGCUGUAUCAGGGCCUUUCUUUUGGGGGUUUAGAUUAGACGAGCAUAGCAUGGUGAUGUGUGGGUUUUUGCUUUGUAUUAUUUCAUUUAGCAUGGAUCCACAUAUAUUUAUUAUCCUGUUUUCUAAUAUGUUAAUAUAUGCUACAUUUGUAUUUGCAUUACUGUAAUACUUUGAGUUGAGAGUUUCCCUGAAUGGAGGAAAGUGAUUUAAUGAGAUGUAGACAGCAUAAGAUCACACUUGUGAUCUGAAUGGAAAUCUGAUUAUAGAAUAUUUUAGAGAAGUAUAUUACUUGCAGAUAGAAUAAUGUUUUAAUUGAGGUGUAAACUAAUGAGACAAGAUAAAUACGAAAUUAUAUUCAGAUAGAAUUCUAUUAUUUAUCACACAUGGAACUUUUACCAUAGGGUUAAUCGCUAAAUACAGAAAUCAGAGACUUGGUGAAAGACAUGCACAAUUUUAUGAAACUUUGUCUUUUAAAAAAGACUUAUAGUGAAGACUUUCUGCUCAUAUAUAAGCCCCUGACAAUUCACAAAAGAAAAAUCAUUUUCCUUUUUGCUCAGUAAAUCACAUUGUCUAAAAUCUUUCAAAUCCCAAAUUCUUGGUGCUAUAUUAAUUCAAUUUGACAAUAACUCCUAAUUGUUCUUACUGUUUUUAAGUUGGGAUAGGUAGCACUUAGGCUUGUCAGUUUAAGAUGUAUAAUAUGGUCUCUGCAAACUUACUCAGACCAUUGUCUUCUUUUAUAUACACUUAUUUAUUAUGAAGGACAGUGGAUUAUGGUACUUAAGUUAUUUGCAAAGGUAAGCUGCAUCUUAUUUUCUUGAUAGUUGAAUCAAGUGAUCUGCUAUAUUAAACUAGUUUUUCAUUUAAAGAUGGAAGCUAAGCAAUGGACAUAUUGUUUUUGACAUUAAAUGGUACCAAUAAAGUAUUCUAUUACCCAAAGUUUAAAAAAUGUGAUAAAUUUUUUUGUUGUAAAAUAUCCUAAAAAAGAAAGAUAUAUAACUUAUAAUUGUGUCUCUUGUAAUAAAGCAAACACCCAGUGCACUCGCUACCAGAUUAACAUGUAGAACAUGACCUGUCAAAAACCUCUUCUCUACUACAUACCCUCCUGCUCUGACUUUGGCUAGAUCCAGAAAUUGCUUGAUUUGGCAAAAAUCAUGCCUACAUUUUUUAGAAUAGUCACUAUUCUGAUUUUUGUGAAAAUUUUCUGUUUUUUUCACUGUUUUUCUUCAGUUUUCCCAACUGUAUAUAUUUCUCUAUCCAAUAGAUUGUUUGGUUUUGCCUGGUUUUGAAUUUUAUGAAUAGUAUUUCAUUAUAUAGCCCUAACAUUCAUUCAGUAAUGUUUUUGAGGUUCACCCAUGUUACAGUUAAAUUCAUUUUUAUAUGUGUUCUGUAUCUGUAUACUACAAUAUUUACUGUUCAUAGAUAUUUGGGUUGUUUGUAAUUUUUUUGUUACUUUUGCUCUCACAAGCAGUGUUGUCAUAAAUACUGUUCUACUGUCUUACAAAUCUGCAGGAUUUCUCUAAGAUUAAUAAUGCUAAAGCAUUGUUUGUGGACUGCCUCUAACAGUUGGAGAGAGUUCACUGCUUCCGUGGCAGUGCCUGCUUUUACCAGGUGAUUCUUGCUAAGUUGAUGGACUUUAACCAUGAAUUGCAGUUAUAAUAUUUACAUUUCCAGUCUUUUUUGUCCAUUUUUAUCAGUUUAUAGGGAUAUUUCACAUAUUUGGGAUGCCAAUUCUUAUUGGUUAAAUGUUUGCAAAUAAGUUCUCCCAGGAUGUGGCUUGUAUUUUUACCAUUUUUGAUGGUACAUUUUGAUGAAUAAAAGUUAAUAUAGGUAAUCAUUUUUCUUUAUGUAUUUUACUUUUUAUUGACUUAUCUCAAAAUAGGUCAAGAUGUCUUAUAGCUCUUGUUCCAUGUUUUUUUCUGGAUACAUCAUAGAUAGCUUUAUUUUUAACCUAAGUGAAAGAGAUUUUUGUGAUUGACAUGAGAUAAGGGUUGCAUUUCACUUUUUUCCAGCAUCACCUUUACUAUAAAGUCCAAAUUUUACCCACUGAUGUACAAAAGCACUCUACAUCCAUCAGCUGUCCAAUUCUAGGUUCUCUCCUCAGUUUGAGUAGGCUUUUUAAUCUCUCACCAUGCUGUUACAUCAUGAUCUAAAUUCUGAGUUGUAGUUCACUCACCAUGUUCUUGAAGAUUGUCAUAGCUGUUUGUAGCCUUUGUGUUUUCAUUAUAAAUUUUAGAAUAAGCUUAAACUUCACAAAAAUGUUUAUGGAUUUAAUUGGAAUUUCAGUGAAUCUAUAAGAUCACUUUGGGCAAAAUUUACACCUUUCUACUAAGGAAUCUUCCAAUCUUAUUACAUGGCAUAGCUAUUUAUGUCUAUAGUACCUUUCAGUUAAGUUCUUUCUCACAAAGUGGACUUACAUGUAUUAUUUUUCAAAUAUUUCCAAGACACUUUAUUUUUUAUGCCAUGGUAACUGUCUUUUAUUUAUUUUUAUUGUCUGUUGCUGU